CCACGCCCACAACAAAAUUCUCGCUUCGAGUAAACAAUGAAGAAGCUGUUGCUGUCUUUCGCUGUUCUGCUGCUGCCUCUGGUCGUUUCUCCUUAUCCGAUCACUAACUGUACGUCUCAGUGUUGGGCCAGCAAUGAAUUGGCUAACUUCAUGAGAGACAAGGCCCCAGCCCAGCAAAGAAAAUUAUUGUGUGCUUGUAGCUUUGGCUGUAGAUUAGAUAAACUGAACCGUCUCAUGUUCAACUCUGAGCAAUGCAAAACUUCUUGUGACGAGGCGUACGAUGGUCAUAAUGAACAGAUGGCAUGUUCCACUGGCUGCAAUUUGAAUAAAGAAGAGGACAUUUAUAAUAAUGAAACUGUCAUUUCAUUCAUGACAGUUAUCUAUCAAACUGCUGUGCUAUCUUUUGAUUCAUUUUGGAGUAACUCAGCAACUACUAAUCAAGGAGGACAAGUUGUCUAUUUUGUGUUCCAUAAUGAACAAGAAACAACAUCAGAUCAAUCCACCAGUUCCAGUACUACUACAACCACAGUAGCUGCCACUGAGGAUCCAAAGGCGGUUGAGUUGUGGCUGAUUAUCCAAAUACUCUGUGCCAUAUUACUCAUACUCUCUCUUCUCUGCUGCUGCUGCAUGUGUUCUGGAGAGGCUCGUAACUAUAGCAACAAGAAAUCCCGCUCACGAGAAAUAACAAAUUGUCAGGAACAUAAAGAGUGCAAGUACAAGUUAUUGAAUCCUCCACCUGUUACUGCCUACACACUACCGGUCAAAGUGGGAGGACCCCUGUAAUUAUGACGCUAAUUAGAAUUUGGGACUAUGUUGUGCCAUUAAUUUUAAUCAAUUUAAAUCUUUUGUUACAUCA